CAACCUCCGAUCACCACCCCACUAACCUCUCAUUCUUUCUUGUUCCUCUUUGCGCCCGGCAGUAUGAAGCAACGAUUCUCCUCCCUGGAUGUGAAGGUCAUCGCCCACGAGCUCUCCAAGACCAUUGUCCCGCUUAGAGUCACCAACGUCUACGAUCUCUCUUCGCGCAUUUUUCUCUUCAAGUUCCAUAAACCCGACCACCGUGAGCAAUUAAUUGUGGAAUCCGGCUUUCGUUGUCACCUAACAUCCUACGCCCGGACAACUGCAUCCGCACCGUCGGCGUUUGUCAGCAAACUUCGAAAAUAUCUCAAGACGCGUCGCGUGACAGCGGUCUCGCAGAUUGGAACAGAUCGUAUAAUAGAGUUUCAAUUCUCGGACGGCCUCUAUAAGCUCUACUUCGAAUUCUACGCGGGCGGGAACAUUGUGCUCACAGAUGGCGAUUUGAAGAUCCUAAGUUUGUUGCGCAACGUGGAGGAAGGCGCGGAGCAUGAGCGCCUACGAGUUGGACUGGAAUACAAUCUAUCGCUAAGACAGAAUUAUGGAGGAACACCGGAAAUUACGAAGGAGAGGGUCCGCGAAGGUCUCCAGAAAGCCCUUGACCGGCAAAAAUCGCAACUCGAAGCACCUGGAAAAAAGGCCAAGAAACAAACGAAGGAUGCUCUACGAAAAUCUUUGGCUGUAUCAAUCACUGAGUGUCCACCGCUACUAGUGGAUCAUGCAUUGCACGUUGCACAAUACGAUACUACGUUAAAACCUGACCAAGUCUUGGAGGACGAUACGCUUCUGACGAAACUCGUCAACGUUUUGCAACAUGCGCGCAGUAUAUCCGAAGAUAUCACAAAACCGGAAAUUAUCAAAGGCUACAUAUUGGCAAAACCAAAUCCGGCAGCUUCAACGGAGGCUCCGGAUAGUUCCGAUCAGUCAAAGUAUUUGUAUGAUGACUUCCAUCCCUUCCAACCGCAACAAUUUGAGAGUUCGGAUUACACGUCUCUGGAAUUCGAAGGCUUCAAUAGAACUGUCGACGAAUUCUUUUCCUCUAUUGAAGGCCAAAAACUGGAGUCCAAGUUGCACGAACGCGAACUUGCUGCAAAGAAGAAACUGGAGCAUGCUCGCAAAGAGCACGAAAAUCGCAUUGGCGGGCUCCAGCAGGUUCAGGAGUUGAACUUUAAAAAGGCCGAAUCCAUCUUGGCCAAUGUCCACCGUGUCGAAGAAACCAUUGCUGCGGUAAAUGGGCUCAUCGGUCAAGGAAUGGACUGGGGCGAAAUCGCACGACUUAUUGACCGCGAACAAAACCAGGGUAAUCCAGUUGCCCAACUAAUUAAACUUCCACUUAAGCUGCACGAGAACACAGUGACUCUGCUACUCGAUGAGACAAAUUGGGACCAAGACAACGAGGGCGAAAACGAAGGUUAUGAAACCAGUUCCGUUAGCGAAGAGAGCGAAGAAGAGGAUGAGGGGGAGAAAACGAAAGAAUCCAAGAAGAAGCCUGCAGGACCACAGGCAGCUGCAGAGCGCCAGUUGGCUAUUGAUAUUGAUCUUGGCCUGUCUGCUUGGGCUAACUCUAGCGAAUACUUUGACGAAAAGAAAGCGGCCAAGGGGAAGCAGUCUCGCACACAGGAGGCUUCUUCUUUGGCGCUGAAGAACCAUGAACGCAAGGUGGCAGCGGAUUUGAAGAAAGGAUUGAAGCAAGAGAAAGAGAUUUUGCGUCCAGUGCGACGCCAGCAAUGGUUUGAGAAGUUUGUGUUCUUCUUAUCAUCCGAUGGGUACUUGGUUAUUGGUGGAAAGGAUGCCCAGCAAAAUGAGAUUAUCUAUCGAAGGUAUCUCAGAAAGGGUGAUGUAUAUGUUCAUGCAGACUUAAAAGCAGCGACACCCAUGAUUAUCAAGAACAAGCCCAACACACCGAAUGCCCCCAUACCUCCAUCGACUCUCUCACAGGCUGGAAAUCUUUCGAUAUGUACCUCGGAAGCAUGGGACUCCAAGGCCGUCAUGUCUGCUUGGUGGGUAAAUGCCGACCAGGUCAGCAAAACUGGUCAAACGGGCGAAUUUCUCGGCCCGGGAUUGUUCAAUAUCACAGGGAGAAAGGAAUUUUUGCCCCCAGCCCAGCUCAUUGUUGGGCUGGCAGUCAUGUUUGAGAUCAGUGAAGACAGCAAAGCCCAGCACACCAAACAUCGUAUCACCGAGCCUGCGGAUACACCACCUCAAGAGACUGCUGCACCGGUCACUGCCUCUGAGCCAGUCGCAGAAUUGACAGGGAAAGCUGCGGAAGAAGCUCAGGAUGAGAGUGAGGAUGAAUUUCCCGAUGCGAAGCCUGCUUCUGAAUCGGAUGAUGAUUUCCCUGACACUAAGUUGGAGGACUCAGAGGGCAGUGAUGGAGAGUCAGAUGCUGGGCAACAAAGCAAUCCUUUGCAGACGAGGAAUGGCAAUAAUAGUGCAGAUUCAGACUCGGAAGAUGAGGAUACACAUUCUCGAGACACAGUGUUGGGACACAGAAUGGCAUUGGAAGAAGGAUCACCUGAAGAUUCUGGAUCAGUUGCGGACUCAGAGCAAUCACAAAAGACAGGUCGACGUCACUUAUCAGCUAAAGAACGAAGACUCUUGAAAAAAGGACAAUUACCCGGGACUACAUCAACAACUUCCGAUGCUGCUUCUGCCACUUGGACAGAGGCCAAUGCCGAUCAGGAUGCCCGGGAAGAGGUUCCUUCUGUACCUAAAGGGCCGGAGACCGUGGAUUCCCAGGCCUCAAAAGCAAGCAAAGGCCCACUUCCUCGUGGCAAACGAGGUAAAGCCAAGAAGCUGGCUGCAAAGUACGCCGGCCAGGACGAGGAGGAUCGAGAACUUGCGCUGCGUCUCCUUGGUGCGAAGUUGGAGCAAAGCGCCGCUGAGACGACUGCACAAACCAAACGCUCCAAGGAAGAAGAAGCAGCGGCAAACAAGCAGCGCCGCCGGGACCAGCAUCUUCGAGCCCAAGCCGUGGGUAAAGCGGCCGAAGAAGCGCGCCGCGCCGCGCAGGAUGAAAACGCCCAAGAAGACGACGACGAAGGUGACGAGGCGCUGAAAGCUAACCUCAUGAACCUGGAUUCCUUCACCGGUCGUCCUCUUCCCAAAGAUACCCUCAUCUCCGCCAUCCCUGUCUGCGCGCCCUGGUCUGCACUCUCGACUUACAAAUACAAAGCCAAAUUACAACCCGGCGCUCUUAAGCGCGGGAAGGCGGUCAAGGAAAUCCUCACCCGAUGGGACGCCGCAGGUAAAAAUCCCAAGGCUGUGGAUCAGAACGCGCAAGAUGUGGAGAGAAUUUGGCCGCAGGAGUUGGAGCUAGUGAGGGGCUGGAAAGACGCCGAGGUUGUUGGUGCUGUGCCCGUCGGAAAGGUCAGGAUUAUGAUGGGAGGGGGCUACAACGGUGGCGGCGGGGGACAAGGUGGUGCGAAGAAAAAGGCGGCGAGGGGCGGAAGGGGGAAAAAGAAAUAGAUCGGUGAUAAUAUCUUCUGUAAAGUGAAACCUCGAGAUUCUUAGUCUCUCCCUUUGUUCAAUGUCAGAAUCACACACUGUUCUAUCCUACCUCUAAUACACUCCUAUCGUCUACCUUAUCAGAAAAGUCAUUACCCAUUUUUCAUCCACUCACUAUCCUCCUUCCCUUUCCUGUCCCCCUGCUCCAACUUCCCGCACCGCAAUCUCUCCACGUAACACAUACCCUUCGCUUUACCCUCACUGUGUACCCUCAUAAGAUAACGGAAACGUCAUUUCUCUAUUUCCCCUCUUCCAAAUACUCCAAUCACAGAUACAGCCUCCUUUUCUCUAUGCCCAUGCUUGCUAAGCGUGCUCCCGUGACUUUAGUAGAUCGUGGUGUAUAUAAGGGUGCCCGUUGUCGCUGAUGAACUUGAUUUUCUUUCUUCUUUUUCCCUUCUCACACGACCAUUGAGUGAGAGGAUCUGAACUGGCAAUGAAAGUGAUGGUGUUUUGGGGGAAGAUGAGGGGGAUGAUGUUUUACCGAAAAGACCUUUGCGUAAGGAGGAAUGUGGUGGACCUGGGCGAGGGAAGCUUCUUCUUUCCAAUAAAAAAUCAUAUCCUCGCAUGCCUCAGGAGUGGAACCGUUUUUGGAGGAAGGUCUCUGGAAGAAUAUCAACUGCGAAUACAUGUUGAGAGCCCU